GACUAGUCUUUCCACUUUGAGACAGAUCAGAAAAUCAAGAAGAGAGGAGAAUGAGAUAAAAGUGAUAAACUUGAAGUCAAUGCCACUCACAAAUGUUUAUCGGUACCGCAAAUUGUUGCUACUGGAUGGCUUAAACGUAGGGGAUGAUAGUGAUACCACCCACUAGACACGCACACCAAAACGCAAGAUCCAACCAAAGUUCGAGUCUUUGUUGGGGACCCACGAACAAGGCAAGUUGCUGAGAGAGGCAACUCUUGUUGGAAUUCUGUCGCUAUUUUAGCUGGAGAAGACGAACAAGGAAGAAGAGGAGAAACAUGGAGGUACUGCAGACAUGGAGAGUGAGAUUCUCCUUCAGGAACGCAACUAUUGCGUUCUGCUUCUUGAACGUCGUCGCCGCUCUUCUCUUGCUUCAGAGCUUCUUCUCUUCUGCCUCUUCCCGCAACAGAAUCUCCACAUCUCAAUUCACUUCUGCUCAAAUCCAGUAUAUCAAAGAAUCUGAACAGAUCCGCCUUGCUAUGCAACCAUUGGAACUGAUCAAAAGAGUGAUGGAAAUUGAGCAAGAAGCAUAUGCAAAGCCAGAGACGGUCCAACAGAAAGAUACAAAGCAAACUGCUGCAGUUGAUCUUUCUAAAAGGUUGAAGGAUUUUCGUUCCCUAAACGAUGCUGGCAGCUUGAAAGCUUUGGAGGAAUGGCGUAAACGGAAGAUGGAACGUGCAAGACAGCGGGAACUAGGAAAAAAUGGAUCUGGCACCUCUCAAGCUUGAUGCAAUUGUUUUUACUCUUGGAAAGUAUUAAACACUUAUGAAACUUCAUACCUAGUUAUACGAACUUCUCUUUAACUUGUAUACAUCGCUGAUAGAUAUGCUGUUGUAAAUAUUGUUGACGGACAGUUUAUGGAUAUGAACUUUCUGUUUGGAUUGCAA